AUGAGCCCUGGGGAGAAAUGUCCAGAAAUGCGGCAGGAAGGUCUCCGGCUGGACCCAGGCAGUGACAGCCAUGUGAAUAUAACUGGAUUUAAUCUCAUCAGAAGGUUUGGCCUCCUGAAGACCUCAGCCAUCAAGAAAAUUCGCAAUCCCAAAGGGCCCAUGAUCCUGCGUCUGGGUAGCACCCCUCUGGUCCAAACUACAAAACAGCUGUUCCCCCGGGGUCUGCCUGAUGAAUUCACCCUGGUGAUCACUUUACUUCUGAAGAAGCAGACGACCAAAGAGAACUGGUAUCUUUUCCAAGUCACCGAUCGUCAGGGAUACCCCCAGCUCUCCCUGGGGAUCAACAGCAAAGAACGAAGCCUGGAGUUCCAAGCCAAGGGCCGGGAUGAAGAGUUCAUCAAGGCGGUCUUUGCCGGCAAAGGAGUCUCCUCUCUUUUUGACUUGAAGUGGCAUAAGAUGGCCCUCAGCGUCCAAAACCAGGUGGUUUCGGUCCACGUGGACUGCAGUUAUAUCUUAUCCAAGCCGCUGCCACCCCACCGGCAGUUGGUCAGCGAAGGCAACGCGUUUGUUGGACUGGAUGCUGUUCAAGGUGCUCCUGUCUCAUUUGAUAUUCAGCAGCUGCAUAUUUACUGUGACCCAGCCAUGGUGAUGCAGGAGGGAUGUUGCGAGAUCUCCGAUAAUGGGUGCUUUCCCGAAGCCUCCAAAACUCGGCGGGAUGCAGAAAUCCUGCAGAGCAAUGACCUGGUAGAGAUCAACCCUCAAACUGAAGGCAAGAUCUAUUCGCGUUGCUUCUGCUUGGAGGAAACUCAAGGCAAGCAGGAAGAGUUGAAGGUUUCUGGGAAGAUUGGUGAGCAAGGGGAGAAGUGUCCCCCAUGUCCACAGAGGUUGCAACAUGCAAAUGCCACGCUGGGUUCUCCUGGCUUAAAGGGUGGAAAAGGCGAACGUGGACCUCCAGGGCCAUAUGGACCUAAAGGAGAGAAAGGGGACCGUGGCGCAGACUGUGUCCGGAUCUCACCUGAAGCUCCACUAAAGGGGCCACCCGGAUUGACAGGAAGUGGCGGACAGAAGGGUCAGAAAGGUGACAAGGGAGACUUCGGCUUUCAAGGCAAACCCGGAACCCCAGGGCGCGACGGACGGCCUGGAGAGAUUUGCGUAGUGGGACCCAAAGGCCAGAAGGGUGAUCCGGGAUUUGUUGGACCUGAAGGGCUUGCUGGGGAGCCAGGACCCCCAGGCCUGCCAGGGACCCCUGGAGUUGGCUUUCCAGGAAAACCGGGCGAUCCAGGUGGCCCCCCAGGCCCGAAAGGAGAAAAGGGAAAACCAGGAGGUCCUGGCCUGAAGGGAGAAAAGGGUGAUCCGUGUGAAGUUUGUCCAACCAUCCCGGAAGGUUUAACCAACGUAGUCAGCCUCCCUGGAAAACCAGGACCCAAGGGGGAACCUGGGCCACCGGGGAAGCCAGGCAAAUCGGAUCAGCCUGGCCCUUCAGGACCCAAAGGCGACAGGGGAGACCCUGGGAUCAACGGAAUCAAAGGGGAGAAGGGUGAGCAAUGUCUUUCAUGCAGCCCCGAGGCCCUUGCGUCCACGUUGCAGUCUCCUGGAAAAGAAGGGCCCAAAGGAGAACCAGGACUGCCGGGAGAUAUCGGACCUAUAGGACCUAUGGGAAAACCUGGUGGCCGAGGGACCAAAGGAGACAACGGAGAUACAGGAACCAAAGGCGAGAAGGGAGAACCUUGUGAUCAGUGCCCUUCUUCUCUUGAAGGUGGGACGACGGUGGUUGCUGUGCCGGGGCCUCCGGGAAAGAAGGGAGAGCCAGGGCUUCCUGGCACUGGGCUUCCUGGCAAACCAGGGAAACCUGGAGAAACUGGAAUGAAAGGGCAGAAGGGUGCCACAGGAAACCCGGGUGAUCCUGGUACACCGGGUCCAGCGGGCGUGCCUGGCCUUGGGGGCGAGCCGGGAGUCAGAGGGCCGACGGGGACCAAAGGUGAAAAAGGUGACGCUUGUGAAUCCUGCCCCAGCUUCACUGGAGACCUGUCUGGCUUAUCUGGGAUCCCGGGGAAACCGGGUCCAAAAGGGGACCGUGGACUUCCAGGUGUGGGACAGCCGGGCAAACCUGGUAAACCAGGACUACCAGGAAUUCAGGGACCUCCUGGCUUGAAGGGGCUGCAGGGGGAGCCAGGUCCCCCUGGGGUAGGAAUCCAGGGUCCAGAGGGACCCCCGGGGCCUCAGGGACCACCAGGAAAAGUUGGGGGAAGGGGUGAAAAGGGCUCUCCAGGUCUGAAAGGUGCCACAGGGGCCCCCGGACCUCCUGGAACCAGCAUCACUGGCCCACCAGGGCGAGAAGGUCAGCGGGGCCUCUCAGGAAUUCCUGGCUCCAAUGGUUUAAUGGGUGAAAAGGGAACCAGAGGUGAAAAGGGUGAUCCUGGGGAAUGUACCUGCACGCCCAGCUCCCGUGUGGAUCCGAGCCACAUCGGUCUUCCGGGAGCCCCAGGACUGUGGAUCGGGACUUCCUGGCAGCCUCAGCCGGGCCCUCAGGGACCGCCAGGCGCUCCAGGACCACCUGGCCCGCCAGGAGCUCCUGGGAGACAGGGCAUCCCAGGACACAAUGGCUUGCCGGGACUGCCUGGGCCAGCGGGAAACUCGGGACCGCUGGCUGCUGAGAGCAUUGAUGUGCUCAGGAACAUUUGUGGGGAUUGUGCUCACUUUCAAUCCCUCCCGACCCCUGGGGGAACCAAAGGGGAGAAGGGAGACCAGGGUAUGCCGGGAGCCCCUGGCAUAGAGAACUGUGCACGGUGCUUUGCCCAGUUCCCCAGAGCAGAGGAGGCUCGGGGAGAGAGCGAGAACGACCAAGAUUGUGCUGGAGGACCUGGCAUUCCCGGGAUCCCUGGCAUACGCGGUGAAAGAGGGGAGCAGGGCCCGCCUGGUAUGAGAGGCCUUCCUGGACCGCCUGGGCCCCCAGGUUUUCCUGGAACGCCUGGCGCACCUGGAUUACCUGGCAUCCAGGGCGAACGUGGACCAUCUGGGUUCCCUGGUUCCAAAGGAGAAUCGGGUCCUCCAGGACAGCCCGGAUAUCCCGGUGCAAUGGGCCCCCCUGGGCUACCCGGCGCUAAAGGGGAAAGAGGUUACACUGGUCCGCCAGGUGAAAAAGGAGAAUCGGGUCCCCCUGGUUUGGAUGGUCCCGUAGGUCCAGCUGGGCCAUUGGGUCCAAGAGGAGAGCGAGGACUACCAGGCAGCGCAGGAGAGAAAGGCGAUCAGGGAUUUCAAGGCCAACCUGGUUUCCCGGGGGCACCUGGACCUCCAGGUUUUCCAGGAAAAGCAGGAUUACCUGGACCUCCGGGGCCCCCUGCAGAAAAGGGCAGCGAGGGGAUGCGCGGCUCACCUGGGAUGACUGGCCCUCCGGGGCCUCCGGGACCUCCUGGGUUACAAGGCCCAGCUGGCUUGGACGGACUGGAUGGGAAGGAUGGAAAGCCAGGAUUACGGGGUGACCCUGGGCCCCCAGGACCUCCAGGAAGGAUGGGACCUCCGGGCUUCAAAGGGAAGACGGGCCAUCCAGGCCUUCCGGGUCAAAAGGGUGAUUGCGGACAACCAGGACCCCCUGGGAAUCCUGGCCGGACCGGGGCUGAGGGAGAGGCAGGUCCAAUGGGGCCUCAAGGUAGACCAGGUCCCCCUGGCCACGCUGGUCCUCCUGGAAGCCCUGGGCAGCCGGGCCCGGCUGGACUCACUGGAGUUGGACUGAAGGGUGAGAGGGGAACGACUGGAGAAAGAGGCCUCAGUGGGAUUCCAGGCCAGCCGGGGCCACCAGGCCACCCAGGACCACCGGGUGAGCCAGGCUCAGAUGGACAAACGGGCAAAGAGGGUCCAUCUGGAAAACCAGGCACCCCCGGACAAUCUGGACACAAGGGCGAACCUGGAGCUGCAGGGGAGAGAGGAUACCCCGGAGAGAAAGGCAGGGCGGGGAUGCCUGGGGGGCCUGGGAAAAGUGGCUCCAUGGGUCCCAUCGGGCCACGUGGCCCUGCCGGGGAGAGAGGACAGCCUGGCCCACCUGGUCCUUCAGGAAAUCCUGGUACCCCUGGAUUGCCUGGGUCAAUGGCAGAUGCUGUAAAUUAUGAUGAAAUCCGACGAUUCAUCAGACAGGAGCUGAACAAAAUGUUUGAUGAGCGGAUGGCGUAUUACACCUCCCGGUUACAGUUCCCUGUUGAAUUGGCGGCCCAGCCGGGAAGGCCAGGGCCCCCUGGCAAGGAUGGAACCACUGGGCGGCCAGGACCUCCUGGUGCCCCAGGAAUGCCUGGACAGAUCGGGAGAGAGGGGCGGCAAGGACUGCCAGGAAUGAGAGGUGAACCAGGUGCCAAAGGAGAGAAAGGAGACAAAGGGACUGGAAUUAUGGGAGAGACUGGGCCCCCCGGCACUCCAGGGAUGCAAGGACCUCCAGGAUACGGCAAGAUUGGUCUUCCAGGGCCAAUGGGCCAGCAGGGCAUCCCGGGCAUCCCGGGACCCCCAGGAGUAACGGGGCCUCCCGGAAAAGCAGGCCACUGCAACCCUUCCGAUUGUUUUGGCAUGAUGCCUCUAGAGCAGCCGAUGUAUCAACCCAAAAACAUGAAAGGGCCUUUAGGCUGAAGAGCCACAGGGACAUGGUUUUUUUUCUCCACCAAGGACUCCACUGGGAAUAGCCAAAGGUCUGGUCCUCACGACCUGUCGGGAAUUGAGAUUUUUUUUUUCAUUGCUGUUAAUAUUUUGUCUCCCCCUGCCCUCCAGUGGGGUUUAUCUUCUCAUGAUGGCAUUUUAAAAAGAAAAUAAGUGCGAGUGUUUGUGUAUGUCUCGUAUUCUAAAGAUAUUGUCAAUCUGUGGUCAGCAAAGCACAUUUUCGAAAUGGGGUU